AUGAAUUCAAGCAGUCCCACCGGAUACAGACCUUUACAAGGCCUUUCAGGAGAUGAUGAAGACGAGAUCAAGGCCUCGGUGACCCGCUUCAGUUGGUCGAACAAUCCUGGGAGAGAUCGAUGGGUGCAAUUGGCGAUCAUCAUUCCUUGGCUACUCCUGGCGCUCGUUGUCUCUCUCAGCGUUUCGGGCGCAAAAGAAGGGGCCAUUACAUCAACAUGCCAGGAUGCCCAGGUUGUGUACUCCCCAGCACAAAGUGUCAUCGAGUAUGAACUGAGAAAAUUCACGGACGAGUUUGAGGACUACAGAAGCGUGUUCCAAGGGCCGCCAACCGACGCAAGGGACAAUGCAUGGGAGAGCCUGUACGACUUUGGCCAACUGGUUAUCUCGAGUGAAAAAGCAAGCUCGCUGUGGAAUAAAACGAGCCAGAUUGGUGGGACGAAGGGCAAAUACUCUGUCGAGCUUGAUGUGUUUCACCAGCUUCAUUGUCUUAACAUACUACGCAUGUCGCGAUAUGAGCAAUACUACCGCGAGAAGGAUUCUGCACAGGCCAGACAGGUCUUGGCUUACUUGGAGACUGAGCAUGUGGAGCACUGCAUCGAGUCUCUGAGACAGUCCAUCAUGUGCCACUCGGAUAUCACACCCCUGGUAUCGCAGUGGAACAGCGAGAAGCAGCAGAUGGAGCUUCGGAGCAGCGUUGUGCACAGUUGCCGCAGCUUUCAAAGGGUCCGUGAGUGGGCGAGUGAUCACCAGUUGAAGUUUUCUGAUCUGGACCUCGAUGUGACUGGGAAUGCAGGGAGCCGGGAGCCAGGAGCCAGGAGAGGUAGAGAGAUGUCGCUAGGGACACAAGCAGCAUUGCCAACUCCCGUCGGCUCCAUGGGACAGAAUCUUCAGCAUCGAGCCGAUCAUGACUCCUCAUGA